AAGUGGCAGACUUCCUUUUUGUGCGGUCAUAAGACACAAAACUGAAAGAAAAAGCAGCAAGAACCAAUCUUCAGUCAGCUACCAAAUCAGAUGGCAACUCCAGUGAAGGUGUACGGACCACCAUUAUCCACAGCAGUGUCUAGAGUCUUAGUUACUCUUCUUGAGAAAGAUGUGCCUUUUCAGAUCAUUCCUGUUGACAUGUCCAAAGGUGAACACAAGAAGCCUGAUUACCUCAAGAUUCAGCCCUUUGGCCAAGUACCGGCUUUUCAAGAUGAAAGCAUUUCCCUCUUCGAAUCAAGAUCCAUAUGCAGGUAUGUGUGUGAGAAAUAUGCAGAUAGAGGAUACAAGGGGUUAUACGGUACAAACCCAUUAGAAAAGGCAUCAAUAGAUCAAUGGGUAGAAGCUGAGGGGCAGAGUUUUGGGCCAUCAAGUGGGGCUCUGGUGUUUCAGCUUGCAUUCGCACCAAGAAUGAAUAUCCCACAAGACCAGGGUGUGAUAAAGCAGAACGAGGAGAAGCUGGGGAAAGUGCUUGAUAUUUAUGAGCAGAGGCUUGGAGAGAGUCGGUUCUUGGCUGGAGAUGAGCUUACUUUUGCUGAUCUUUCACACUUGCCUAAUGGAGAUUACUUGGUGAAUGCUACGGACAAGGGACAUCUUUUUACUUCCAGGGAAAAUGUGGGGAGGUGGUGGAAUGAGAUUUCUGACAGGGAAUCUUGGAAGAAGGUUAUUGAGAUGAGGAAAAGUGGUUGAAAUUGGUGAUAUUUUCUCGGUUUCAGGUUACAUCGGAAGCGGCGGUGAGGGUUUAAGGGCUUUGUAACCUGUGAUUACGAGUUGCUAUGUUUUGUGUAUCUUUCGUUGUAUUGUCAUUUCCCAUGUGUCGUCUAAUUUCAUGGGGGCUGCCUGUCUUGGACGGGGAAAAUAGGAGUUGCCAUGCCUAGUGCUCGUUGAUUCAAUAAUCUUAUUCCAUGUGUUUGGACUCAGUGGCUUCUUGUUCUUCAUUUUUUGUUUCAUGUUCACAACUUUCCUUGUGUGAUACACGUUCAUUUUGGUGUUUUGGAUUCAAUAAUCUUCAAAAUAAAGUAAUUCAAAUUCGCAAUAAAACAUGUUGGUUUUUGGUAAA